AUGACGGAGGCUGUGAAGAUGGCGCACGGCAAGAUCCGCCCGGCCAAGGUGCUUUUUGACCGCGGGCCUGUGGACAACAGCACCGUCCCGGGCUGCCCCAUGCCGAAUUGCGCCUCAAGGAACAGGAGCCCCACGUCCUAUCUUCACAACCCGCCAGAGGAGCGCGCCAAGUACGACAGCGACGUAGAGAGGUACAUGACUCUCCUCAAAAUUCUGGACGCGAAGACGAAGCAGCCCAUGGGCGUACUAAACUGGUUUUCUGUACAUGCGACCAGCAUGAAGAGCUUCAGCGGCCUGAUUUCAGGGGACAACAAAGGCUACGCGCAGUACGCCUUUGAGCGCGCCGCUCGGCGAGUGGCGUUUUCAGGCCUCGAGGCUAUCAAUGGCCCCAGCGAAGUGUCGCCUGCGGGCCAGGGGCCGUUUGUGGCCGCCUUCGCCACCGGCGCUGCUGGGGACGUGUCGCCCAAUGUCCACGGAAGUUGGUGCGAGGAGACUGGUGUGUCUUGCGAAACUGCGCAAUCAGCGCCUCGCUCCGCGAGGUUUGCUACUCCGACAUCCUCCGCUCAUCCUCCGGGGGGCCGCGACAUCCUCCGCUCCACGCGGGUCAUCGGGGAGAGGCAGUACCUGGCUGCCAGGCACAUCUUUGAUGGGGCCAAGCGCAGCGUCGGACAUGGCGUUGACUACCGCACGCGCUACGUAGACCUUACCCACUACGGCUUCAGAUACGAGGAUGGCACACCUGGCCGCACCUGUCCACCUGCAAUGGGAACUUCUUUUGCAGCGGGCACUACGGACGGGCCCAGCAACGUGGACGACUUUGGCCAGAACAUGACGCCCACCAACGGCUUCCUGCGCUUCAUGGGCCACUUGUUGACACUUCCGCCCGAGGAGGCCAAAAGGUGCCACUGGCCCAAGGACAUCUUGCUCUACACCGGCAGCAUGAAGGCGCCCUACGAUUACAUGCCUUCGAAAAUGGCCUUCCAGCUCCUGCGGAUCGGCGAUCUGGUCAUCGCCGGCGUGCCAGGAGAGUUCACAACGAUGGCAGGACGACGAACGGCUGAGGUGAUCAAGAAAGCGUUUGUCAACAAAGGCGUCUUAUCGCCCGAAGGGCGCGUGGUGGUCAACAACGUUGCCAGCGGAUAUGCUGGCUACGUCGCCACCUUCGAAGAGUACCAGCACCAGCGCUACGAGGGCGCCAGCACCGCCUACGGGCCCCACACCCACGGAGCCAUGACCAACAUCCUGCGGGAGAUGGCCGAGGAGAUGGCCGAGGGCAAGGUGUACCGCUGGCCCGGGGCUGUGCCGCGCAUCCCCACUGAGCAGCAGCUUUGGGAGGGGCAGAGUGAUGUGGUCGCUGAUGAUCCGCCCAUAGGCGGCAAGUUCGGGGACGUGAAGUCCGACGUUUGGCCCAUGGUCCACGCGGGCGGUAUGGCCCAGGCGACCAUCUGGGGAGCCCACCCCCGGAACAAUUUGCGGCGAAACUCCAGCUUCGUCUCGGUCUGGCGGCUGAAGGAGGACGGAAGAACCUGGCUGCGGGUUGCAGAUGACAACGACUGGGAGCUGCGCUUUGAGUGGAAGCGAGUAGGCAUCUCGGCCAGCACGGUGACGAUCACCUGGGACGUCCCCGAGGACUGCGCGGAGGGCAGCUACAGCUUGUACUACAGUGGCGAGGCGAAGCACCUGGGGAGGAUCACCACGAUCUCCGGGCGGCUUCUCGAGCGGCGCUCGAGCUCGGUGGCUGUGGCGGAGCUGGAGAUCGCAGGCCUCACGGAGGGCCGCUUCCCCGGCAGCUUCCGGCCCGCGCCGAAGCCCGGGUUCCUGCAGCGGCGCCUGGAGGUCUGGGACCGACUCUGGGAGAAGGCGCAGGCGGAUCUGGCGGAGCGGCCGAAGAAGCCCAUCCAGGUCACCCUGCCGGAUGGAUCGGUGCGAGAGGCGACAAGUUGGAGCACGACCCCGCUGGAGAUUGCGGAGGGCAUCUCCAAGGGCCUGGCGAACAGCUCGGUGGUGGCGCUCGUGGAGUACUUGGAGCCCGUGGAUGCAUCCUGCGCCCCCUGCGUGGCGGCAGAUGGAGAAGAAGAUGAGGAGGACUCCGAGUCCGUGGCGCAGCUUUGGGAUCUCACCCGGCCGUUGGAAGGCAGCUGCAAGCUGGAGCUGAUCAAGUUCGACGAUGACCGGGGCAGGGAGACCUUUUGGCACUCCUCCUCGCACGUCUUGGGCGCGGCUCUGGAGGCCUCCUUUGGAGGGCACCUGACCAUCGGGCCUGCGGUAGAGGGCGGCUUCUACUACGACAUGUUCUUGGGUGAGCAGCGGCUGUCAGAGACCAACUUCCCGGAGAUCGAGAAGUCCGUGGAGGAGCUGCGCAAAAGCCCGGAGCCCAUCGCGGCCCUGCUGCAGACCGGCGCCAAAAAAGUUGCCACGGAUCCCGAUGCGCAGUGCCAUUGCCUCACACCCAACACCGGCACGAGCGGGCACAACGCCAUAUCCUGUGAUGAUGGCACCACUCCCUAUUGUGCUUGGUACAUGGCCUGUGUGACCACUGACAACUUCACGUUUUCUGAGACCGAUGAAGUCGCCUGCAAGCCCCUCUUCCGCAACUCGCCCUUCCUCAUGACCCACGACUCUGGCACCGGCUUCAUGGGCACACACGACAUCCACAGCUCGAGCUGCAAGACGCAGACACUCAAUUUCGUGGAACAGCUCAACUGCGGAGUGCGAGCCUUUGACAUCCGGUCCAAGGUGUGGUACGAGGACUGGACCCAGAUCCACUUCACCCACGGGCCCUGGGUCUCGGAUCAGACGGUGGCCAGCGCCAUGCCGGAUGUGGUGACCUGGGCGCAGAGCCACCCGGACGAGAUGGUGGUGGUGGUCAUCUCCCACUGCGAGGUGUGCAAGCACAAGAAUGAAUGCAAAUCGGAGAGUAGCAACCCUGACGCGAGUUGUACAUACUCGCAGUUCAAGAGCGCUUAUGAAGCGGUGGGAAUGAAGGUGCAGUUCGAUUGCAGCACGCUGAACACCUGGACUCUUGAUGAAGCUCGGGACUUCGCACAAAUGGAUGGGGGCGGCCGUGCGCUCGUGAUCCCGGGCGAGGGCUACUGCGUGAACUCUGGCUACGACUCCUCCGUCACCAGCGAGUCGGCCGUGUGGCCCUACCUGCAGCAGCGCGAAGCGGACGCGCACAGCAUUACGACCCCAUACCAGACGCAAGCCUUCAUACAGCAGAAGGGGGCGAUUGUCCCCCGGUCUGCCAGCGUCAAUUUGGGUGUGGCGUCUAGAGCCGGCCAGUAUCCUGGCGGCGACUUUGAAGGUGUGAACUUUUUGGAGAUCAACCUGGCAUGCGCGUAUGGUCCAACCAUCGCUCAAUCACUUGGAGCCACGGUGAGCUCUGAUGACUAUAGCCAAUGCCAGAGCGCCUGUAGCUACGCAUGCUCAAGGUACGAUGCCUGUGAGCAGUAG